UUUCAUCUUAAACGGUGGGAGGCAAUGUUCGACAUCUGCUUCCCCCAGAAUUGCAAAAUAAUCUCAAUAAUAAUAAUAAGGAGAUUGUAAACAUGUGUAAAAUAUAUUUCCUUGCUGGUACUUAUCAGACAAAAUCUUGUGCCAAUCUAAAUUAAAUAGAGUAAUAAAAAAUAAACUCUGAAGUUUGUGAAUAGCUUUUGCAUUAUGCUUCCCUGUCAGAGAUCAAGUUCAGUGUUGCAAAUCAUACUCGAGCAUCCAAGCGCAAGUUUCAUCCCAGGAGAAAGCAUUGUCGGAGAAGUUGUACUUAAUAAUAAAAACCCGACAGAAUUUAAAAGUAUCCGAAUCCGUUUUUAUGGACGGGCAAAAGUAGAAUGGUCCGAAAUCCGACAAACCGGUUACAGAAUACCGAAUACCCAUCAUUUCACUGGCGAAGAAGUUUAUUUCACCGAAGAUCUGGCUCUCAUCGGUAAUGGAGCCGAUACAACAAGUCUUCCUCCAGGAACUUGGAGAUAUCCCUUCGCCUACAAACUUCCUCAUGGGAUCCCUUCAUCAUUCUCCCAUCACGUUGGCACUGUCUCGUACAUGAUGCAAGCUAUAAUGAAGGGCUCUUGGUGUCAAUCACAAACCAAUGCAAUUAAGGAGUUUAAAGUUGAUGGGAGGCUUAACCUUUCGAUGGACAAAAUCGAAAAUUUAAGAAAACCUUUAGAAAUUGAAAAGGAGAAAAUAAUUUAUGACAUGUUCUGUCGUCCUGGAAAAAUCAUGGUUGGCAUUAAACUGGAUCGGAGUGGAUUCGUUUCCGGGGAUUACAUAAAUUUCCAGGUGUAUCAGAAAAACCACUUGAAACAAAAUCUUAACCCCUUAAAAAUUCGAUUACUUCAAGUAAUCGAAUUCAAGGGGACUGAUGGUACCAGGAAGGAAAGCAAUACAAUUGUGAAAGUUGAAGGGCCCAAACUUUUAGGAAAUGGCGAGAAAAAGUGGGAGAUGACCAACAAAAUGAAAAUUCCUGAAUCAAUUCCAUAUAGCGGGUUGGGAGGAUGCAAGAUUAUUGAUGUUCAGUACAUAUUGGAGAUUAAACUGGAACUUUUCAUGGAAGCAUUUCGCCAAAUAAUACCAUUGAUGAUAGGUUACCAAUAAUAUGACGAUUAUACCAACAAAGUGUGAAAGUGAUGCUUCGAAUCAUUUACUUUGACAUCUUUGGCAAAAUUUAAAAACCUUCAUAUGCUCGAGUCAUUUAAAAAUAUAUUCAUGUACGUACGUAUAUAUUUUGUCUUUACUAAAUCCUGAUUUUUUCUAAUCUAACUCGUCACGAAUCGAAAACAAAGAAUGAUGCAUACAUCGAAAUCUGUUUGACAUGGAAUUUUUGUAUUUUCCUAUAACAGUAAAAUAACAUUCUUUAAGAAGUAUGUACUUAUCUAUUUAGCUGCUGGUUUAGGCAUUUGGAAAGUUAGUUUUACACGCACCCAUUAGUUAAAUUGGCAGGUGGAGAUUCCCACCCACUUCAGAGUAGACGAUGGUCUUCUGAGGAACAGACCAGUAAAAUUACUUCAAUACGACGGC